AUGGGAGACGUCUCACCCGAACAGAAAAAGAAGUCUUCAGCAAAGGUUCUAACUACCUUGUUCCCAAGGAUCCCGAAAGUAACUACAGUGCUGCUUGAGUUCUUCAUCAAACGAGAAAGCAAGGUUUCCCUGUUCCGCGACCCCCUGUCACACUUCUGCCAGGAGCAGGUGGUUCUGGCGGCCCAAGACUGCUUGCAAAAGCUGAACCGGCAGGUCAUAACCUUCCAGGACAUCCGCGACAUGAUCGAGAACCUCAUCGGCCUUCACAGCUUGGUGCGUGCACUGCCAUGCCAUUACAGAAGUGUUCGCCUUAUUUUGCAGGAUAUUUACGAAAUUUCUCAACAGAAAUACAACAUCAAAGCAAAGUGAA